AUGAAGCAUUCAAUACGAAAUAGCCUUCUUGUACUUGGCGAAUGCGAUUUUCAAAUCGCCUUGUUUCAGGAACUUGGUUCCAAUGGCUUUGAUCUCAUCAACAGCCUUGAAAACGGUCUCUGGUUUACUGAUAUCGACCGUUGGCUCGUCCUCAAGAAGUUCGUCGUAUGGGUCGCCAGUACCGUCGUCGAGUUUCAAUGGGUCACCAGGCUUGAGCUCACCGCAGGCCUCAAUCUUGCAUUCGAGCUUAGGCUUAUCGCCAGAGUCCGUUUCUGUGUUCUCAAUCAGCUUGACAAUCGACUUUCCCGCAAUCACCUUACCGAAAACAACGUGUUUUCCGUCAAGAUGCGGCGUUGGAACGGUGGUGAUGAAGAAUUGAGAUCCGUUUGUGUUCUUGCCCGCGUUGGCCAUAGACAACAAAAACGGCUUAUCGUGUUUAAGCUCAAAGUUCUCGUCCUCAAACUUCUCGCCAUAUAUGGACUUGCCCCCGGUACCAUUGAAGUUGGUAAAGUCACCACCCUGGAUCAUGAAGCUCUUGAUCACACGGUGGAAAAUAGAUCCUUUGUAUCCAAACCCUGGCUCGCCCGUGGUCAAGGCGCGGAAGUUCUCUGCUGUUUUAGGAACAAUAUCAUUGAAAAGCUCAAAGGCGAUACGACCAACGGUCUCACCGCCAAUGGAAACGUCAAAAUACACUUGGGACCGACUCAUUUGCGUGCGAAUUAA